AUACCAAUGCGUGAUUGCGAUUAAAGCGUGGUAAAGGAGACUGAGCUUUGGGUAAGCGAAAACUAUAUACAUAAUACGUUUUUAUAUGGCUAUGUAAAGUCGGUUACGUUUUGCAUCUCACUUCUUUCUUAUCAAUUUUAUUUGUUAACAGUUUCCGUUACAGAUUACGAGCAUGGCUGCACAUAAAAUUCGUGCAGCAAGUGGGAAGUCAAUUUCACUUCUAUCAGUAAUAACAAUACAGUGUUUUUAUUUAUGAUGUACAUAUUUUUAUCCGGUUUUUUACUGUGUGUAGCAGCGAUAACUCAACCUGGAUUAUUCGACGCCCCCGUCAAUGAAAUUCCCGUGGAGACGGACGACGACAGAUUAAAUCAGGCUUUGCUUUUAGUAGAUAUCCUGAAAUCAGAGUAUCUUAAACUGCUGCGAGAGCGCUCUGGGGGAGCCGCGACGGAUCCCGUCACAGUGGAGCAGUCAACCUGCGCGACUACCGCGGGUGAUGGCUCCACCGGCGAAUCGUUACUCACCACAGAGAAACAGAAAACCGAAGUGCCGAUUUCAAGUCCUGACACAUUAGCCGAAAUACCAAGUGGACGCCGGAACUAUGCUGCCCUGGUGUACCCUGCUGCGCCCCCCGACCCGUGGGGGUGGCCGGUACCAGCCACACCGGUCCCUUCCAGGCGUUUCUAUGACAUAAUGCCUGAGCCAGUACCACCCAUUUAUCCGAAUAUGAUCUCAUAUCCUCGCCGAAAUUUUCGACGUAACUUCCCGGAAUACUCAUACUAUUAUGGACCCUAUAGAAGAAGGGUUAUCUAUGAUGAAAACCGUGAAGAAACGGCUAGAGAAAUUAAAACGAGUACAAUUACUACGAAGACGACAGCUUCAACGAGGAAAGCUACAAGGAAAACGAGCCAGCUAUUCGGUGGCCGCAGACGUUUCAAUACGCAAAUGCGUAGAAGUAGCUACCAAAAUCCACGCAGGUCUGGAGAUAUUGGAGAGCCGGAUAAAAACGCAGAUAUUGAAAACAAUAAAACUACAACAACAACACCUGACACAAGCAGUACAAAUGCAAACAGCUCGAUAAUAACCGACAAAAGCACACCCGCGAACGGGACAACUGUAUCCAAGAGAGAUACAAGUACCACCCCAACAACGAACAAAUCGAAAUCACAUCAUACAAUUCAUCCGAAAGUGCCAACCACUCCGACGACUACAGAUAAAUGGCCAGCGUUCCUUUUCAAAUCAACGUUAAGGGUAUUUUUAGAAAACAGCACACCCCUGCCAAUACCCCUUCCGGAAAACAAUGCAUUUUGCUUUACAAACCCCAGAAAUGCGCUGUGUCGCUCUCCUUAAAAUAAGAAUAGAUAAAAAUGUUUUCAUAAUAAGCCUUUGUUUAUU